AAUAUAACUCACACUCCUUAAUUUACUACUAUAAUCAUCAAAAUCUUAUUUAGCAUUUUCACAAUAUGGCUUCAAAGAACAUGACAACAAUCAUGGCUCUCUUCCUCACCUUCAAUCUCGUCUUCUUGGGCUUCACCUCAGCCCAACCUUUGUGUCCUCUUAACCAGUCUGACUUGGGGAUUUGCGUUAACGUACUUGGUCUCAUCAACCUCACCACCAGCAACGUGGCCCAAUGUUGUUCUAUUUUAUCUGGUCUUAAUGCUCCUCUUGUGUCUGUAUGUGCAUGCGAGGCCGUAAGACUCAAUGUACUUGACCUCGGCAUCACCAUCAACCUCAAUUUGAGGCUUAAUGGGCUUCUUGGUCUCUGCCGUUUGCCGAUACAACCUGGUUUCACCUGCCUUGCAUAAAUAACAACACAAAGAGUCUUAUAUGUAUUAAGAUCAAUAAAAUAAGCAUACGAGUUCCGUAAUAUCGGUUCAUGGUGCAACUAUGUGUUUUUUUUUAAGUAAGAAUUAAUGUCUUUAUCUUAUGUUUGAAAUAAAAUGAAACCUGGAUG